AAGUAGCCACUUGGGCUCGAGGCCCGAGCGGCCCUGCGGGCAGGCGGCAGCGCCAGAGCCCAGGCCCCGCUCUUAGGCGGGGCCGCGCGAGCCUCUCGCCGGGCCUCUCGCGCCCUGGCCGCGCCUCGCCGCCAUGUCGAUCUCCGUCCAGAAGCAGAUCAAGGACAACGCCACGGAGGUGUCGACGUACUUCUCCGACCUGUACAGCUGGACGGAGGAGCAGGGCAAGCGAGAGACGCGGCGCCAGGGCCGGCCCACCGCCGACCUGGCGGCCGCCGCCGCCGCGGGAGCCGGCGGCGAGCCCGCGGCGCCCUCCGCGGCGGCGGCGAAGGCGGAGGAGAGGAAGCUCUCGCUGCAGCGGGACGGCACCGCGAUGCCGAAGUACUACCACGACUGGGACCGGGUGGACGUCGACAAGCUGGCCGAGGACCUCGACGAGGAGGCGCGGCGGCAGCAGCAGGCCGAGAGGGCGGCGAGGCAGGCGCAGAAGGACAGCAUCCUGGACGACCUGGCGCUCAAGGGCGACGGAGACAGGAGCCGCACCUCCGCGGCCAGGCCGCGGGUGAAGGUCGCGGUGCGGGCCAGCGGCCGCCGCGUGGCACCGGUGGACCUCGCGGCCCCCAAGAAGGAGGAGGCCAACCGGUACCUCGCGGAGGGCAGGCACCGGGAGGCGGUGGCCACGUACACCGCGGCCCUGGAGCUGCUGGAGAGGUACGAGCCGCCCGGCGAGGCUGCGGCGCAGGCGACCCCCGCGGCCGAGCCCGGGGCGGAGAGGCCAGAGGCCCAGGCGGGGGACUGCGCGGGCGAGAACACCGAGGCGGUGCUGCUGAAGACGGCGCUGCUGGCCAACCGCUCCCUCGCGCUGAUGAAGCUGGAGGAGUGGCGGGACGCCGCCGCCGACUGCACGGAGGCGCUGCGCUUCGACCCGCAGCAUCACAAGGCCACCCUGCGGCGCGGCUUCGCCCACGCCCGGCUGAAGCUGUGGGCGCGGGCGGUGCCAGACCUGCGGCGCGCCGUCGCGGGGGACCCCGGCGACCGGCGGGCCGCGGCCGAGCUGCAGAUGGCCUGCCGCAUGCUGGAGGAGCAGAGCGCCGCGUGCCGGGAGCACGCGAAGAGGGCCAUGUGCGACCCCACGCGCAGCCUCACGAUGCCCCUCCGGAAGCUCGCCGUGCGGGUCCACCGCGCCGGCGCCGGCGCCCGCGCCCCCGAGGGCGAGCCGCCCCUCCCGGGCGCCACCGCCGCCGCCACCGCGCAGGUGCUGCGCGCCGCCGCCG